AUGCCUAGUCUUAAGGAUCUAGUCAUUGAAAACAAUCCUUGCACUCUUAAAUAUGCAUAUAAAUAUGAUAUUUUAUGGACAGUAUUCAUAGAAAAAUUGGAUAAUUAAAUCAUUACUCAAUAAGAUUACAAUUUAGCCUAGACAUUCAGGGACAGAAAAUAGGAGUCCCAAUUGUCAUAGAGUAUGAAUUUUCCUAAAGGAAUUCGACCAUAAACUGCCUCCACUAAUCCUAAUAAUACAUUGUUGUAAGAUUCAUAAAAUGAUUACUCAGAAUGUAAUAUAAUUUUGGAACAGUAAAAGUAGUAGUUGGAAGAAGAAAUAGAGGAAUUAUAUGAGAUAAACUCUAAUAAUAGAGAGAAAAUUGAUAGUUUGGAGAAGCAGAAUGUUGAAUACAGAAAUAUUGCUGACCAAGUUCCAUUUUUAGAGGAAUAACUAUAAGAUAUGAGGUCAAAGAUUAGUGCUUAUGAGAGUUUGAUAAUAUUCAAAGAUUCUCCUGCUGAGGAGUUAAGAAAACACAUAUGUGCUUUAACUUAAGAGUUACAGAGAUUAAAGAUUAAUGAUAGUAAUGUUGAGAAUUAUGAAGCAGUAGACAAUCAAACUAAAUUUAAUAAGAAUUAAUCGAAAUUCUAGAAUACUGAAACCACUUUUAUGUAAUAAUUAUCUUAAGCAGAAAGUGACAAUGAAAAUAAGGAUGAUGAUGAUGAUAAAUAUUUGUAAGCUAUUGAAUUUAUAAUUUUAGCCGAGAUGAUGAAAAUGUUUCAUAGAUCCCAGGAUAAGAGAUAAUGGAAUUGAUUAUGAGGAACUCAAUGACUUUGAGUAAACUCAAAAAUGAAUUCUAAGAAAUCAAUUGA